AUGAUGCGCCUGUUGUUCUGCGUUUUGGCUUUCUGCCGAUUUUCGUUAUCUGCCCUGCAGCACCUACCUCACCGAGAUUCACCCAGAGCACUACGCACGUUACUGUUGGAUUCCUACUACAAAUUCGACCAACCUUACAAGAAGAACGCGACAGACUUUCAUGUCAACGCCCUCUUUACUUUGGUGUCUCUGAUCGACCUGGACCAGAGGAAGGAGAUAUUCUCUUUCACUGGACAUUUAGGAUUUCAGUGGCUUGACCCCGACUUGUCCUGGAAACACACCGAGUAUGCGGCUAACGUUUCCAUCAUGAACUUUGAAGCAGACGACGUCUGGACGCCGCAAAUUCAGAUCGGCAAUGGAGUCGGCACGCUAGUGCUCAACCCAUCAUCGUUUCGAGUGAGAGUUGAGCCUUCUGGUUUAGUAACCAUGACAACUUUCAACGAGUUUCAGACAAAAUGCACAGUGGAUAUGACAUCCUACCCAUUCGACACUCAGCUGUGUUCUUUAGCCAUCAUUCUGGUACCCAAAUCAGCUUAA